UUUACUCUGCCUCGUUUACACAUUGUAUUAUGCCAACAGUAAAGACAGUAGAUAUUAAAUAUACGUUUUUUUGGCUUCUUGACACUGAAUGACAUCCCUUUCUUUAUCUUGAUUCAUUUAUGAAUAAUUCUGGCAUGCCUUAGAGGGAACAAUCAUACACUUUAUUUUGCAAAUGUGUCAAUAUUUUAGAAGAUAUCAUUUGAAACGCCAGUUUCAUGCAGUUGCAUGCCUGGUUAUUGGAGUUUAAUAUUCUCACCUCUAAGUGACGCUGUUGCCUGGUAAAUCAAUUGCACAGCGCUAUUUGAGGCAGGGCUGUUCCCUCCUCCAUCACUGCGUUUCACAACAGCAGAUGAUCUGUGUUUGAGACGAGCUGGAGCGCAUUGAAUACACAGCCGAUUUAUGCUUUUAUCUUAGUUCACCUAGAAUGUAUGCGUUUUCCUUCGAGAGCUGAAACCUUGUUCACGUCUCUCAGUUCGCUUGAAGACCCUUUUUUUCCACAUGGAGUUUCAAGAACAGCAUCGAGGCAGAGGUGAAAGAUGGCGAAUGCGGCGGGCGGUCAACCUGCUUGUUUUUCAGCUUCUUUUUCUCCGUCAGUCGGAGGCACAGAUCCGAUAUUCGAUCCCAGAGGAGUUGAGGACGGGAUCCCUUGUUGGUAACGUCGCACAAGACCUCGGUUUGGAUCUGAAAAGGCUUCGUUCUGGUGGGGCCCGUAUCGUGACCGGAGAGAACAUCCAGUACACAGAGCUGAAGGCAGACAAAGGGACUUUAGUUGUGAAUGAGAGAAUAGACCGAGAGCAGCUGUGCGGAGAUAUGACACCGUGUAGCUUCACCUUUGAGAUUUUAUUAGAAAAACCAAUGGAGUUGCACCCUGUGACCAUAGAAGUUCUGGACGUAAACGACAACGCUCCCACUUUUCAGAACACUCACUUGGAAUUUGAAAUAAGCGAAUCCGCUACGCUUGGAUCCCGUUUUGUGUUAGAGAGCGCGGACGAUGCUGAUGUUGGGCCAAACGGUCUGCAGAACUACAUUUUAACUCCGAACGACAAUUUUGUUUUAAAGCAACAUGUUAAUCGGGAUGGAAGUAAAUACGCUGAAAUGGUGCUUCAGAAGCCUUUAGACCGAGAACAACAGCCACACCUGUCGCUUAAACUGCUGGCUGUGGACGGUGGAAAUCCACAGAAAUCUGGUACAGUAAAUAUAAAUGUCAAAAUUCUGGAUGCCAAUGACAAUGCUCCAGUGUUUAAUCAAUCUGUAUAUAAGGCCACAGUGAUAGAAAAUGCGCCAAAAGGCACUUAUGUUGUUGCAGUGAACGCAAGCGACAUAGAUAGUGGUUCAUACGGACAUGUAACAUAUUCCUUUUCAAAAUCCAAAGCAGGAAUAAUAGACAUGUUCGAUAUAGAUGAGACUACUGGGAAAAUUUAUGUGACCAAGGAAAUAGAUUUUGAAAAAGACAAAAAAAUUGAGUUCAGGGUCGAAGCUAAAGAUCAAGGAGGACUGACAGACUCGAGCAAAGUUGAAAUUGAGGUUAUCGAUGUGAAUGAUAACGCUCCGGUUAUUAACGUCAUGUCAUUCACUAGUCCAGUGUCAGAAGACUCCCCUGCUGGAACCACCAUCGGCAUAAUUAAUGUUAAAGAUCUUGAUUCGGGUGAAAACGGACAAGUAAGGUGCACGAUCGAAGCCGGUGUUCCUUUUAAAAUUAAAUUCAAUGUGAGGAACUAUUAUGCAUUGAUAACCGAUGCUGCAUUAGAUCGUGAAAGUCUGUCAGAGUGUAACAUUACUGUUGUUGCCUCAGACUCAGGAUCGCCUCCCCUCUCAACCAAAAAGACUUUUAAUUUGAAAGUCUCAGACGUCAAUGAUAAUGCCCCGGUAUUUCCACGAAAGUUUUACACCGCUUUGAUUGCAGAGAAUAACUCUCCGGGUGUUUCUCUAUUAAGUGUUAAUGCUAAAGAUCCUGAUGAAAAUCAGAACGCCCGGGUUUCUUACAUUUUACAAGAGUGUGAAAUUGGUGGGUCUCCAGUAUCUGAGUAUGUUUCCGUUAAUGCAGAAACCGGCGUCGUUCUUUCAGUGCGCUCAUUUGAUUAUGAGCAGAUCAAAGAACUGGUGUUUACUGUGAAAGCGCAGGAUGGAGGUUCUCCUCCACUCAGCAGCAAUGUGACAGUGAAAAUGAUGAUCCAGGACCAGAACGACAACCCUCCUCAGGUUCUGUAUCCAGUCCAGACUGGUGGCUCUGUGGUGGCUGAAAUGGUGCCUCGUUCAGCAGAUGUGGGCUAUCUGGUGACCAAAGUGGUGGCUGUUGAUGUGGACUCUGGACAGAAUGCGUGGCUGUCGUACAAACUGCAGAAGGUCACAGACAGGGCUCUGUUUGAAGUGGGCUCCCAGAAUGGAGAGAUCCGAACCAUCCGCCAAGUGAGUGAUAAAGAUGCAGUGAAACAAAGACUGAGUGUUAUAGUGGAGGACAACGGUCAGCCCUCUCGUUCAGCUACAGUCAUUGUGAACGUGGCGGUGGCGGACAGCUUCCCUGAAGUUCUGUCGGAGUUCAGUGACUUUCCACACGACAAGGAGUACAAUGACAACCUGACUUUUUACUUAGUGUUGGCUCUGGCUGUGGUCUCCUUCCUGUUUAUCACGUGUUUGGUGGUUAUUAUCUCAGUGAAAAUCUACAGAUGGAGACAGUCUCGCAUCCUGUAUCAUUCCAACCUGCCUGUGAUUCCAUAUUAUCCUCCACGUUACUCAGACACUUUGGGGACAACAGGGACUCUCCAACACGUGUACAAUUACGAGGUGUGCAGGACGACAGACUCGAGAAAGAGUGACUGUAAGUUCGGCAGAGCUGGUAGUCAGAACGUGUUGAUAAUGGAUCCCAGUUGUUCAGGGACGAUGCAGCGGAUGCAGAGUGAGAAGAGCAUCCUGGAUGAACCAGACUCUCCUCUAGAGGUCAGUUGAAAAAUUUUGCUUCGUGUGUGUCUCAUAUCCUGUGUUUUUCUCUGCUUUUUAGUUCCAUUCUUGAUUUACAGUUGCACAAUUUGAUGUCACGUUCAGCACCAUGGACAGCAUAUCAGCUGAUCAUAACUUCAUAAGAUUUCUCCUUCUGCUUCUCCACAUUGUUUCGUGGUGGACAGUGUACAGCUUGUGGUUGUCAAACCCUCUGUGUUUGACAUAUUGUCCAUGUCUGUCAAUAUGAAGUUGUCAGAGCAAUGAUGAUACUGUACCUUUGUGCCCCUUGUAAACAUUUUCCAUUUGCUUGAUACCUACUCAGUACCACUGAUGAUUAACUUGCUGAUAGUGAGGAGCAAUCGUGAUGGAAUUUAUUGUUUGUGACACUCACAGAGUGUACCAUUCCACUGAACAUGCAUUUACUAAGAAGCAGCUGUAUUUUCGCAAUAUUUAACAUCUUGCAUGCAAAAUCCUUCCUGUAAGGGCACGUUGCAGUGGUUUUACAAUAACAGCAAGUAUUUUUCCAUAACUUUAAAUUUUUUUAGCUCAUUUGUAGAGUUUUUUUUCCAGAAUUUUCUUUCGUGAUCAUGGCCUCCUGCAUUAUAAACAUUUUGUUAACAAGUAAGGUAA